AUGUUUAGAUAUCAACCUCAAAAAGAAAAAAGACUAAAUUUUAAAGUUGUAUUAGAUUCUUCAGAGUCAACAGGCUGCAAUGAUAUUAAAACCAAAACUUUGAUUGAAUAUAACCUCAUAUGUCAGAUCAAAUCAGAGUCUAUUGAUUACAUCUACAGGAAGAUUCAAAUUUGUAACAGAAUUCAGGAAAUUACUAUUCGAACUGAUCAGAGUAUUAUUGGAUCAUUGACUCGACAAGCUUAUUCUGUUAGUGCACUGUCAACCUUGAAACAUUUACUUAAAUUAUAUCGUGAAACUGUAUCAUCAACUGUUCUAAUCCUUUUUAAACCAACUAAUCACAAUUCACGUAACACAAACUGA